AUGUGUCGGAACGACCUCUCCCUUCACAUUUGUUCUGCCAUAUCAUGCCCCGGCGAGCCGCUCAAGUCAGCGCCAAUAUUGGCGGAGGCGACAGAACUUGGCCAUCACGAGACGCUCAGUGCUCGCUUUCAGGUGCUGCUGCUCGUUAGCCGUAGUGGUGCUGCAAUGGCCUCGCCCGAACAGGAAAUUUUGAACUCCGCCGAAGUGCGUUACUACAAGCCCGCAGAAAUUAUUUAG